CCAUGGUGUAUCGAUGCUCCUUUUAUAGGCAGAGCGUCCUUAUCCUGCCGACAGCUUUAGUACCGGUUGCAGACACGAACCGGUACUAAAGGUUACCCACGCGUCCUUAUCCCACCGACAGGGCGUCGUGCGCUACAUACUUUAUCUCAUCGAGCAGGGCGUCCUUAUCCUGCCGACAGCUUUAGUACCGGUUGCAGACACGAACCGGUACUAAAGGUUUGCCUCUGUCUUCCCGCCUAUUUUCUUCCCACGCUUUCCACCGGUUCCCGCCUUUGUCUUCCCGCCUAUUUUCUUCCCACGCUUUCCACCGGUUCCCGCCUUUGUCUUCCCGCCAUUUUUUCACUAUAUAUAUGUAGGCUUGGCCACCAUUUACAUAUCACAUCUAGACUCAUAUCUGCAAACCUCAUCAUUCUCUCCCAUGGCUUCCAUCGCAUCUCUAACCCCCCGGGAGGCGGAGGCGCUUUGCGCCUCGAACUACCCCUGCCCGCCGGGCUACCGCGUCCCGACCGGCUGGUUGCUAAGCGUCGGAGGCGUACCGGUCCCUCCAGUCCCUCUAGGUGUGGCGCGCGAGAUGGCCAUCACGAACCACUACUACUUCGAGCUCACGCCAGAGCAGCGGAGGAAUCCCCAGUGGCAUCCCGACUACAGCCCGACUUGGGAAAGCUUCUUCAUCAAUCGGCGUGAGAGGGCGCUUUCCAGGCAUGAGGAGGGCGGUCCGCCUCCUUCGAACUUCAACGAGGCCGGCCGUCGGCUGUGGUGGCGCGGCCGGACUCUCCAGGGCGUCAUGGCCUACCGUGGCCCCCGCCUGCGCUACCCUCAGUCCCAGCCCACGCGUGCUCACCCGCCGACCGGAGAGUACCGCGACCCCGAUGCCAGCGACGAUGAUGACGGCGACUACGACGACUACAGUGGCGACUACUACAGGGCUAGGCACGAGUAUGACUGAAUGACUCCAACAGUAGAAUUUGGCCAUGUAUCUUUAAUUUUCAGUUAAGCUAUGUACUUUUAAUUCGAGUUCAAUCGUAAUAAAAAUUUAUUCCCGCCCUUUCUUUCUCGCCUUUUUUCUC